CAAAUCUUCAAAUCCCGCCAGCUUCAUCAAAUGCUUCACAUAUCUAAUGUGCUUGACUGGCUGGUUUCAUACCGCAGCAAAACAUCCUCUAUAAUGGCGGUAUCGAUAGCAACCGAGCGGCAUUGACCGGCGAUUUCACCAGCAGCCAGCAAAAGAAAACAAAUUGCACGGCCUGGCUAGCUCUCUUGCUUUCUCCGUUGCUAGCUGGAAAACGCAAGUGGAAUAAUGUAUGUAACGAAUAAACUGCAAGGGUACCUGCCGGAACUAACGUUAGCUAACUAGCUUUAUUUAUUUGGAGUUCGUAGUGGUUGUUGCUACUGUUAGCUUGCUUGCUAACGUUAGCGCAUUCACUUGCGGAAAAUGGAAAGUGUGCGGAUAGUGGCUGGGGAGAGGAGCCGAUUGGAGGUGGAUUCCCUGUCAACGUCAGUCGGAAUAUUAGACUCGGAAAUUGGACAAAUAAGAACUGGCAGCAAGUUUUUAAAGGCCAGUGGUGGUGCACUCUUCCCCGCUGGAAAAAUAACUGCGACGGGGGAAGAUGAUGGCGGGGGCGGGGAGACAAAACUCUUGGGACUUGCUACCACCUCCCUACUUCACAUAGCGAUACGGAACGGGAUUUACCAAAACCAGGCUGCUAACGCCACCAGUAGUGCUGCCAAUCUCAACAUGACCACCGGUAAAACACCCAACAUCUACAGCCUGGUAUCGGUCAGCAGCACCAGCGUGAACUCGUUGUUGACCAGGAGACGGCGGCACAAGAGGAACCUCUCGGCCGCAGCUUCGACAACCUCAAGCCCACCCGCAGUCUCCUCCGUUGGGGGAGUGAGACCCACACUGUCCGCAUCGUCUGUCAACAACACACUGAGCCUGGAUAGAAAGACCUUGCUUCGCCAGAAGCAGGCGAAACAGCUCCAGCCCAACGACAAGGCGUGGGUCCGAGCUGACCUCCAGCAGGGUUGUAUCCACGUCCAUGACCGACUCACGCCCUCCUACCCCCGGGCGGUACUAUGCACCGUGGACACCACCGCUGGGGAGAUAGCGGCUCGUCUGGGGCAGCUUGGAGGUAAAUGUGGAGGGAUACUAAGAAUGACUCGCAAAACAAGUGCUUAUGUUGACCUGAACGGUAACUGCAAUGGUAGCCAUGGGCAUAUUGACUACCAACUUGGUGUGAAUAAAAGUAACAACGUGAAGACCUCCUACUCAGGGUCAGAGGAGAACCAACCAGUCUCUCCAAUCAAGCGGCUUCAUAGCAAUAACAACCAUGCUCAAUAUUACCUGGAUACAAAUAUAUUACUUUCGGACUACAAGAUACCAAGCACCUCUUCCUCUGAGGUUUAUCUAAAUGACAGUGAGGGUGCAGACAUGGGCCUGAGUGGGGCCGACAGUUGUGGACUGUACUCAGGCUCAGACAUGGAGAGUAGCACCUUUGAUGAUUUGAGCCCCGGUGGUCCGCGGCCCAGCCAACACCGGAACUCCCUCAGUGAUGCUGCUGUCCUUGGGACAAACUCCUCAGUGCUCAGCCCAAACUUAGAUUCUGCCACGGAGGAAUUGGACCCGUUUGGGAGUUCCUCAGACGAGGUUGAGCUUGACCCUUCCCCGACACACACAGCCAGCAUCCCCACUGUCACUCAGCAACAGACCCUGGAGGGGGAAUCCAUGCACGUCCCCUCAAGUGAUGCCUGCAAAGCUCCUGACAACAGGCUAUCAAAGUCAAAUCAACUGGAAGACAAAAACGCUGCUGAUGAAGGUGGAAAAACAGGUAGCACUGGAGGAGAACCCAGACUGAUCAAUCCCCUGUCAAGCUGUGGCAGUAACUCACUGGCCCUACCUCUGACUGGCAGAGCAGCGGCUGAGCGUGACCUGGUCGUUUCAGGGGAGCUGAGAGGGGUCCCGGGCCCAGAGAAAGCCUCCCCAGCACCGGCCCUCUUCACCCAGCUGCACGGUGGAGCUAUGAGGAGGCUGGAGGAUGAUGAGAAGCCUCUGCAGAUGCAGAAUGAGUACCUCUCUAAUCUGGGCUAUGGAGACCCGUGGCGGGUACAGGAAGAGGGUAUGGACCCAGAAAUAGGCUGUCUCAUACGCUUCUACGCAGGUAAGCCGCAGUGUGUAGGUGGAGCAGACCGGGUGCAGCUGAUGGGUGUGUUUAAUGUGAGGAAGGGGAAGCUGGCCCUUCCUGUCAACCGGUGGUCUCGACGACACGUCACCCUGAGUGGCACCUGUCUCAUCGUCUCUUCCGUCAAAUCCGCUCACACCGGCAAGAUGCACAUCCUGCCCCUCAUCGGUGGAAAGGUGGAGGAGGUGAGGAGACACAGUCACUGUCUAGCCUUCAGUUCUUCUGGUCCCCAGAGUCAGACCUACUACAUCAGCUAUGACUCCUACACAGAACACCUCCGCUGGCACAGACAGGCUGCCAAGAUAGUGUCUCAGAGGGUGAGUUCUGUGGAUCUGUCAUGUUGCAGUCUGGAGGAGCUGCCAUCUCAGCUGUUCUACAGCCAGGACCUGACCCACCUCAACCUCAAACACAACUAUCUGACGGGCCUCACACAUCUCACCAGAUUCUGCAGGUUGAGGAGCCUCAAUCUCUCUAACAACGCUCUGUCUGACUUCCCUCUGGCCGUGUGUGACAUCACCUCCCUGACAGAGCUCAACCUCCAAGGCAACCUUCUGACCUCUCUGCCCUCAGCACUGGGGACCAUGCACAACCUGCAGACCCUGCUUCUGGACGGUAACUCUCUGAACUCCCUGCCUGCUGAGCUGGGCUCUCUGGAGGCCCUGACCUACCUGGGCCUGUCCUUCAACCUGUUCAGCAGCGUACCUCCAGCCCUGGAGAGGCUCAGGGGGGUGGAGAGGCUCUGUCUGGCUGGGAAUCAGCUCUCCUCCCUGGACAUGGUCGGCCUGCAGUGGCUCCCCCACCGACACAUAGAUCUCAGGUUGAACAGGCUCCAGAGGGUGGUGGUUGGGGAGGCUGGCCUGCUGAGCCACGUGGCCCAGUUAGAUGUGCGGGACGCUGGGUUGGAGGAGCUUGACGUCAGGACCCUAUCCAGGCUAGAGCUCCUACGCUGUGACAGAAACACACUCACACUCCUUAGAGUCAGCGGCCUAGCACUCAAGGGCCUGCACACAGCACAAAACGAGCUGAAAGCGCUGGAGGUGUUUCCUGUUCCAGAGAGCCUCACUGUUGUGGAUGUGUCCAGGAAUCAUCUGGACUGUGUGCCUGACUGGGUGUGUGAGAGCACCCGACUAGAGGUCCUAGACAUCAGCCACAACAACAUCAAAGAGCUACCCAUACGGUUAUUCUGCAGUGCUAGUCUUCGUAAAGUGCUGGUAGGAUGUAACAGUCUGCGUAGACUACCUGAGCGGCUGGAGAAAUCUCAGCUAGAGGUUCUAGAUGUACAACACAACCUGCUAACUGAGCUACCACACAACCUCUUCAUUAAGGCCCAGAGCUUGCGCUACCUGAACGCAUCAGCCAAUAAGCUGGAGUGCCUCCCUCCAGCCAGCCUAUCAGAGGAGGGCUUCAGCAGCCUGCAGGAGCUGUAUCUGACCAAUAACAGCCUGACGGACAAGAGUGUCCCUCUGCUGACUGGUCAUGCCCACCUCAGGGUGCUGCACCUGGCCUACAACCAGCUACAGACCUUCCCAGCCAGUAAGAUGGCUCGGUUGGAGCAGCUGGAGGAACUGGACCUCAGUGGGAACAGGCUGAGAGCGGUGCCCACCACCAUCCUGAGCUGCAGGCACAUGCACACACUCUCUGCCCACUCCAACAACAUCACUGUCUUCCCUGAGGUCCUCCAGCUUCAAGACAUGAAGUGUGUGGAUCUGAGCUGUAAUGAGUUGUGUGAGGUAGUCCUCCCAGAGUCUCUGCCUGCUAAACUACAGGAGCUAGACCUGACAGGCAACCCUCGCCUCAACCUGGACCACCGGAGCCUCGAACUGCUCAAUAACAUUAGGUGUUUCCGUGUGGACCCAUCUCCCUCCUCUUUGUGUGGCAGUGAGGGGCCCGGGGAGCCUGCAGUCUGGAGCCACGGAUACACAGAGGCCUCUGGCGUCAACAACAAGCUGUGUGUAGCAGCCCUGGCGUUGGACAGUUUCCGUGGAAGCAGGGAGGCUCUGUACGGGGUGUUUGACGGAGACCGGAACGUUGAGGUGCCCUACCUGCUGCAAUGCACCAUGGGAGACGUGCUAGCCGAGGAACUGCACAAGAGCAAGAACCAAGAGGACUAUAUGACCAACACCUUCCUCACCAUGCAGAGGAAGUUGGGCACGGCAGGACAGAGGCUGGGAGGGUCCGCGGCCCUCUGCCACAUCCGUCAUGGCCUCGUUGCCCCAAGCGACCGUGGCGGCGGGGGCUGUUUCACGGUGACAGCGGCUAACGUGGGAAGGUGUCAAGCAGUUCUGUGUCGUGAUGGCAAGGCCCUCCCUCUCUCCACCACACACACCGUCAGACAGCAGUCAGAGUACCAAAGAGCACGCCAACACCAUGCUAUCAUCACUGAGGACAACAAAGUGAACGGAGUGACGGACUCCACCAGGAUCAUGGGCUACUCCUUCCUGUGUCCCGCCGUGACCCCACGACCCCACGUCUCCACGGUAACCCUCACCCCGCAGGAUGAGUUCUUCAUCCUGGCCAGCCGGGGCUUGUGGGAUACCAUGUCCACCUUCGAGGCAGUGGAGGCAGUGCGUAACGUCCCAGACUCCCUAGCAGCAGCCAAGAAGCUGUGUACGCUGGCGCAGGGCUACGGCUGUCCUGACAGUCUGUGUGCUGUGGUGGUGCAGCUGAGUAUCACUGAAGACUGCUGCUGCUGUGAGCCCCCACCACCCCCACCCAGCCCCGGCCUGGAAACCCAACACACCCACACUGCUGGUAACACACACCACCACCCCGGCUACGGCUCAGCAGAUGGAACUCCACCAUUACCGCCUCCGGCGAUGGGGACAGGAAGUGAGGUCAGCAGUGAGGUCAGCACGUCGGAGAUGAGUAGUGAGGUGGGGUCGACGGCGUCGUCGGACGAGCCAGCCAAUCAGACAGAGAAGGGCGUGGCCCUUGGGGGUCGCGGGGGGGUGCUGGGGCGGGGAGCGGGGGUGUAUGGAGGUGGAAGAGCAUCGUUCCAGAGGCAGUACUCCGGGGCUCUGUCUGACAAUGGGCUGGACAGUGAGGAUGAGGAGCCUAUAGCUGGGGUGUUCUCUAAUGGGAGCAGAGUGGAGGUGGAGGCUGACAUACACUGUCUGAGAGCACGGACCAGCUCUAUACCAAUACCCCACACACACCCUGACCCACACACCCACCUUGAGCCUGACCCACACACACACCCUGACCCACACCCUGACCCACAUGCCAGCCCUGACCCGCACACACACCCCAGCCCUGACCCGCACACACACCCCAACCCUGACCCCCACACACACCCUAACACCUCUGUCACACAGCAGCCUGAACCUUUACCUCUACCCUCCUGCCAGUCAGCCCCCACCCCACCCUCGUCCCCCCCUCAUCCGUUUCCUUACCGUCAGCCCAGCCCUGACCCUGUAGUAGAAGAGGAGCUGAGGGCUGUAGAGACAGACACUGUAACACCCAAACACACUGUUCAGGGACAGGAGGUGGGGCCUGGAGAGACUGGAGCAGGGUUGUGUGUGAUUGGUGGAGAGGCGCAGUUAGGUGCGGGCUCAGGCUCUAUCUCGGCCAGUAGGACUCUGGGUGGGACUCUGGGGCGUAAGGGGCGGGGUAACGGCUCGGUGGCGUGUCAGGGGCGGAGCCAGGAUGUGAUAGAGGAGGUGGGCGACGCUCCCGUCAGGAAGCAAGGAGGUUACUUCAACGCUCCGGCCCAACCGGACCCUGACGACAAGCUUGUCAUUCCUCCCGAGCUGGAGGAGGAGAUCCGGGAGAUCAUGAAACAACAACAGGAGCAGAGUCAGACACACCCCCAGGGCCACCAGACACACCCCCAGUCACCGCCUGCAGCAGAAUACUACGUCACACCCUUCUAGCUCACCAGACCGUUCUGUUACAACCCCUUCACAGCACAUUAGACCGCACAUGUGAAGAAUCCCUGCUACGCCGAUUUAUAGAAUGUCUGGAGAUGAGUUCCCGUAUGGGUGUGUCCCAAAUGACGCGCUGUUCAAUAUCCCAAUGAAUGGGAUCAGAGGUUGAGGAGUUACGGGGGAAACAUGCACAGUCCCUCCCGAAACACACCGACCCUCCUGAAGAUGCCUCAUACCUGCUAAUGGCCAGCAAUACUUGUUUUAUUCUGUUAUCAUUUUAUAUUCCUAACUAUAUGACCCCAGGAAAUACAAUGCAUUUUUAUAAACACAACACAGGCAUUAUUUACUUGCUUCACAAUGUUCAAGUUAAUUAAUUUUUUAUCAUAUUUUGUGAUGAAGGAAGGAAUUGAUUAAGCACUUUUUUUAUGCAGAGACUUUUAUUUGAACUAAUUAUAAAGCUGAAUGAUACAUUCUGCUAGACUGACUGAACUAUUAUUGCUAGAGAGCUGUUUUCUUUCUGCCAGCAAGGCAGCCUGACUGUGGCUCCCUCCCUAAUGGCACCCUGUUCCCUAUUGCAGAGCCCUGGUCAAAAGUAGUUCACUAUAUAGGGAAUUGGUUGCUAUUUGGGACACAGACUGUGUAUGGUUGCCUGUAGGCCUCUAAAGUAGACUGAUGCUGAGAGAGAAACUAAAUCCUAGGAGUUGCAUACUCUUAAGCGUGACCUAAUAAUUGACGUGUACUAAUCUUCUCUAAGAGAAAAUACUUGUUUUUAUUUCAGAAGAUUGUUGACACAGACAGAUGUCUGAGGAAAGGAGGGAGGGAGAGAUGGAUGGGGAGGCAUAGGUAGAAGUAUAAGGACUGGGGAGAACACUGGAAAGGGGGGGAUACUGGUAUUACGCAGCUCAAUGAAUGUGUGGGGCCUAUGUGAUCUAAUGAACUCACUUCAACAAAGGCAUUGUUCUAUCUAAGCUAAUCACACAGGAAAGCUACUUUUUCUAUAAUAAAUCUACAUUUUCAAAUAA